UUUUUCAAAACAGAUACAGCAUGCUUAUGCAGUUCCAGCAUAGAUGAUAACUCCCAUGGACAUGAAACAGAAGAUACCACGCUUCACUAUGGGGUUCGAACAACAAAGGUUGUCACUUCGUUUUUACAGGAAGAUGGCAUAAUGUUCAAAAGAAUACAAGAACAACCAGAGCCGAUUGACUGUCUUGCGCUUUAUAAAAAGCACUAUAGUGAAGACGGUGUUUAUGUGAUAAAACCAACUGGAGGUACUGCUACUGAUGUGUGAUGUGAUAUGUCCAAUGGAGGAUGGACGGUUAUACAACGCCGGCAAGACGGCUCGGAAGAUUUCUACAGAAAUUGGGAAGACUACAGGAAUGGAUUUGGGAAAAGAGUUGGCGAAUAUUGGUUCGGACUUGAAAAUAUCUACCACAUGACAAUCAACAGCACUGCAUUAUACAUACACCUCGAAACGUUCGAACAAAACAAUGUUGACCCUUUCUCCGCUUAUGCUGAAUAUUCCACUUUCAAAAUUAAUGACGAGAGCGAUAAAUACCGAUUGGCAAUCGGGGGUUACAGUGGUUCAUGCAGUGACUCGAUGCCUUUCCAGAACAACCAGCAAUUUUCAACAAAAGACAGUGACAACGACCCCUAUUCAUACCACUGUGCAGAGAUAUAUGGUGGAGGAUGGUGGUACAAUACAUGUCACUUCGCGCAUCUAAAUGGAAUGUAUCUAGGCGGAGCCGACACUGACUUUGGCCGUGGUAUUAUCUGGGAAAGUUGCUGGGGUUAUUUUUAUUCUCUGAAGAAAACUGUCAUGAAAAUUAGAAGAAAUAACUAAAGUCAUGAUCCAACGUGUGCGCAUUCAAAUAAUGUUAGGCACUCCUUGCAUGUUUUCUUGGAUUUUCGUCUCCUAUCCUUCUUAUUCUAAAUGUAACAAAUUAACUUAAAUUAACUUA